UUUAUAUACAGAGUCUUGUUGAUAAGAAAAUGUAUCCAUAUUGAAGUGUGAGCUUCACUUUGACAGACGAUAUAUAGUGGCAAAACAAUUACUCUAAAGAAAGAGUUAGAGAAAGAAGGAAAGAGCUAGAGACAUGUUUCGCAAAAUCUUAGCUGACAAGCCUCAUGUAAUCUGUAUUCCCUGUCCAGCUCAAAGCCAUGUAAAGGCAAUGCUUAAACUAGCAAAACUACUGCAUUACCGAGGUUUUCGCAUAACCUUCGUGAACACAGAGUUCAACCAUAGACGCUUGCUUAAAUCUAGAGGUCCUUAUUCCCUGAAUGGCUUGCCCGACUUUCGGUUCGAAUCCAUCCCAGAUGGCCUCCCUCCUUCAGAUGAGAAUGCUACCCAAGAUGCACAAGCAAUUUUGGAGGCUUGCAAGAAGAACUUGCUAGCUCCAUUUAAUGAAUUGCUUGCCAAGCUCAAUGAUACAGCAUCUUCUGAUGGUCCUCAAGUGACUUGCAUUGUAUCUGAUGGAUUUGUGCCAGCUGCCAUCACUGCUGCUCAGAGGCAUGGAAUUCCUGUUGCCUUGUUCUUUUCUAUCUCUGCUUGCAGUUUCAUGGGGCUUAAGCAAUAUAAAGAGCUCAAAGAAAGAGGACUGUUUCCAUUAAAAGACGAGAGCUUUUUAACAAAUGGCUAUUUGGAUCAAGUACUAGACUGGAUUCCAGGAAUGAAAGAUAUACGGUUAAGGGAUCUUCCAAGUCUUGUUCGUACAACAGAUCCAGAUGAUUGCCAUUUCAACUUCUGCAUGGAAUGUGCUGAGAGAGCAUCUGAAGGUUCUGCAGUGAUUUUCCAUACUUUUGAUGCUUUGGAGAAAGAAGUCUUGAGUGCUCUUUACUCAAUGUUUCCUCGUGUCUACACGAUCGGUCCACUUCAAUUACUUCUCAAUCAAAUGAAAGAAGAUGAUCUAGAUUCUAUUGGAUAUAAUCUAUGGAAAGAAGAGGAUGAGUGUCUCCAAUGGCUUGAUUCCAAGAAACCAAACUCCGUACUUUAUGUGAAUUUUGGUAGCGUAGCAGUCGCCACAAAGCAGCAGCUGAUUGAAUUGGGAAUGGGACUCGCUAAAAGUGGUCACCCAUUUUUAUGGAUAAUAAGGCCUGACAUGGUCACAGGCGACUCCGCCAUAUUGCCACAGGAAUUUACUGACGAGACUAAAGACAGAGGAUUUAUUUCUAGCUGGUGUCCACAAGAGGAAGUUCUCAACCACCCAUCAAUAGGAGGUUUCCUAACACAUAGUGGAUGGAAUUCAACAGCUGAGAGCAUUUCUUCUGGGGUGCCCAUGCUUUGUUGGCCAUUCUUUGCUGAUCAACAAACAAACUGUAGGUACACUUGCAAUGAGUGGGGCAUUGGAAUGGAGAUUGAUAGCAAUGCGGAAAGAGAUAAAGUGGAGAAGCUUGUGCGAGAGUUGAUGGAAGGAGAGAAAGGCAGGGAGGUAAAGAAAAAAGUCAUGCAGUGGAGAAAGUUAGCAGAGGAAGCCGCGGGUCCAAGUGGCUCAUCAUCCAUGAAUUUAGACGAGUUGGUGAAGGCAGUGCUUUUGCCAUGAAAAAAUAUAAAUUCUAGAAAUCUGGAAUUAUUAUUUGCUUGGAGAGAAGUUGUUUCUUCUGUUGUCUUUGUCUUGUUUUGGGGUCCCAUGACAUGUUCUGAUGUUUUUUCAAUAAGCAUAUCUGCUAUGUUUUUUAUU